GGCCUCAAGCCGGACAUGGCAUCCCUCGGUGCGGGGCUGCACAUCAACCGCAAGCGGGCAGGGACCAGGAGCGCGGCGGUCGAGAGGAGGAACCUGCUCACCGUGUGCCGGUUUUCAGUGAAGACUCUCCUAGACCGCUCCUGUUUUGAGACCAUGGAUGACUCGUCUCCAGAGUUGGUUAACUUUGUGUCCAUUCUAGAACAUAUACUCAACCAUCGUCUGAAAGGUCAGACGAAUUGGUUUGGCUACGAGAGUCAUCGAAGUUUCUGGGACUUCAUCAAAGCCGCCUGUGGCAAAGUAUCUCACAAUUGCAUCCGAAGCAUCGAAAGUAUGGAGAAUGUGCGGUCGUCCAAAGCUAAGGGUCGAGCUUGGAUCCGGGUGGUACUGAUGGAGAAGAGAUUGUCUGAGUACAUCUCAACUGCGCUAAGGGACCUUAAAAUUACCAGGAGGUAUUAUGAGGACGGGGCAAUCAUGCUGGGGGAGGAGGCGGCGCUUUUGGCCGACACGCUCAUUGGACUCAACACAAUCGACUUCAGCUUUUGUCUGAAAGGUGAGGGUCUCGAUGUCGGCGGCCCCUCGGUCAUUGACUACACGCCUUACUUGAAGUUCACUCAGAGCGCCGACAGCAUCAGCAGCGACGAGGAGGAGAUGCGCACACUGGGCAGCAGCGGUAGCAACAGCAGCACCCCGGACAAGAAGGCCACAGCUGCCUCCAUCUUUACUGAGCAGAGCAACUUGGUCAGCAAGUGCAAGCGCUUUGAGCAAAAAUAUCGAAUGGCGAUGGAGCAGAAGGCCUACCUUGAGGAGCUGGUGCGUCUGCGUGAGGCGCAAUUGGCGGAGGCGUCAUCACACCACAAAGCUCUUGAGCAGAGUCUGGUUGACAUGCACCUGUCGCACACGCUGGAAAAAGAACAGCUGGAGUUGAUCAUUUUGGAACUGCAGGAUCAGCUGACAGUGUUGAAGAACAAUGACUUGCGGUCGCGACAGGAUCUGACAGUCCACUUGACUAAUCAGUGGCCGUCUCCUGACGCCUUGGAUGCCAACGCUGUUGCCUUGGACACGCUGUUGUACAGGAAGAGCCCAGGAAAGUGGGAAAACAAGAGCCUCCACAAUCUACCUACUGACAUGAGCCUAUCACAGAUGUCCCUCGAACCGUCACAUGUGCUAACACUGGAGGCCAAACCACACUGGCCACGCCAAGGAAAAGAGCAGUCACCGUCUCUCCGCGGACUGUGCGGCUCUCUCACAUCCGUCAACAGUUUCAGGUCUUUGGCAAGUCUGCGGUCCAACGAGUGUCUGGCUAGUCCCGCCGCUGAAGUCAGCAGUCCUGGCUUUACUCCUACGUAA